AUGCACGUCUGCCCAUUCAAGGAAGCUGAUGCUUGCUGUACCGGUACGCAGCAGUGUAUUGAUGAUGAUGAUGAUGCUGAUGAUGCUGAUGAUGCUGAUGAUGCUGCUGCUGCUGCUGCUGAUGAUGAUGAAACUGAUAAUAAUAACAUUGCAUCCUCCUCCUUCUUCUUCUUCUUCUUGACUGCUUGCUUUUCAACCCUGCGACCCGGUCCCGUGACCAAGAACUCAGCUGCACAAGGAACACACACACACAGUGGACACUGGACACAAUCGCCCGUCCCCCCACCCCCGUCGCCCGCCACAAGCGAGAGCCAUGGCUCACUCUACCUUUUCAUUGGCAUCCAGGACCAAGGUCUGUCGUCAUCGCCCUCGUCGUCGCACAGCUCGGCGCCCCCCUUCCCAAUCCUAACCCCGCCAGCUCUCCAAUGGCUUGUCCAUGCCCACUAUCCAUCUCGGCGUCUAUCUGACAUCUGGCAAAGAGACCUAUCAGGCCGUGCAAUGGGCCCUAGAGGUUUGCUUUUCCGCCUUCCUGUACAUCCUCGCUGCCCCUACUCACACUUCCCUAGGCUGGCUAUCGAGGGUAGGUCGAGCCUGGCCCGCGCAUCAUCAUCGCUCAAGACAACUGACAAAAGGGGCGCAUGUCACAGAAUCGACUCAGCUCAAAUGUACCACAAUGAGAAAGAGUGUGGACAGGCUGUGUUGGAUUUCUUGUCCAGUGGAGCCAACACAGAUUCGCUCAAGCGCGAAGACAUCCACUUCACCUCCAAACUGGCCUCCAACUCGGCCUACGAGACGGCUCGCAAGUCGAUCAAGAAGUCGGUCGAGGAGUGCGGUCUUGGUUACAUGGAUCUAUUCCUGUUGCACUCGCCAUACGGUGGCAAACAAGCACGACUGGACAGCUGGAGAGCUGUAGAGGACGCAAUCCACGACGGCGAGGUCAAGAUGGGAGGCGUAUCCAAUUAUGGAGUCAAGCAUGCAAGUGUACCCCUGACCCCUCUGCCAUGCUGCUCUCUCCCCUGUCUCAGAUCUUUGGCGCCGUUGGCCAACCUCGAUGCCCUAAUGGAGCUAGCAUGGGAAGAUGAGAGCAUCAGUACGCAUGGCUUGUUGCUCAGCCUCAUCUGCCAUGUUGGUCGCAAGAGGGCGUUGCUGCUGCAAGAACUGCUCGACUCGAAACCUAGAGUGAUGCCCGUGGUCAACCAGAUCGAGGUCCAUCCUUUCAACACCCGAACAGACAUCACCUCCUUUUGCCAGCAGAAGAAUAUUGUCGUCGAGGCCUAUGCCCCUCUUGUCCGCGCCCUGCGCAUGAAGCAUCCCAAGAUUGUGGCUCUCUCCAAAAAGUACUCGUGUACCCCAGCACAGCUCUUGGUGCGAUGGAGUCUGCAGCACGGUCAUGUACCCUUACCCAAGAGCGUCAAGAAGGCGCGGAUCGUGGAAAAUGCCGAGGUGGGAGGAUUCGUCAUCGACGACGAGGAUAUGAAGGCAUUGGACGGGCUGGACGAGUAUCUGGUAACGGACUGGGACCCUACCGACUGCCCGUGA